AUGGCGUUGUCCAAGGACAUGGAGCCUAUUUCUUCUCCAUUUUUCCCGAACAUCUUCUUCAAAAGUCAGUUUCGUGCCAAACCCACAUGGCCUCCGGAAAGCACCAGCCUUAUUGGCAAAGUGGCAAUCGUGACUGGCGCAAACCAAGGUCUCGGCUUCGAAGCCUCCGACCAACUCCUCUCGCUAGGGCUUGCGCGCUUGAUCAUCGCCAUCCGCUCUGUAGCCAAGGGCGAAGCAGCAGCCGACAUUCUUCGCGCCAAGUAUCCCAAGACGAUCAUAGAUGUAUUCCAGUUGGAUAUGUCAUCUUACGACUCGAUACAAGCAUUCGUUGCGCAGGUCGAGCAGCUUGAACGUCUUGACAUCGCUAUUCUGAACGCCGGCGUAAGGAAAAUGACGUUCGAGCCCGUACCCGGCACAGGCCACGAAGAAACUAUCCAAGUCAACUACAUCUCGACUACGCUGCUCUGCGUCCUCCUUCUACCCGUUCUCAAAAGUAAAUCCGCAGAAGGCCCUGGCCGGAUAUCAAUCAUCAGUUCUGGUCUUGCUUUCCAAGCCAAGUUCCGCAGCCGAACAGCCACACCAAUCCUUUCCUCAUUUGAUGACCCCAUAUUUUUUGAUGUAUUGGAUCGAUACAGCACGUCAAAGCUCCUUGGCAUGAUGUUUCUCCGCAAGCUGGCUGACUAUGUAUCUGCUGAUGAUGUGGUCGUCAAUCUCGUUGAUCCCGGUUUCGUCAAAGACACGAGCCUUACACGCGAUUUAUCGCUUGUGGGAUCGGCGCUCAUGACAGUAUGGAAGCACAUCGCUGCAAGGUCCUUGAGAGUUGGCGCUUCGACCUAUAUUGAUGGCGUAGUUCUCAAGGGGAAGGAGUCGCACGGGUGCUACAUCAUGAGCUGGAAGAUUAGUCCGUAA